AAAAUGCCAUUGGAAUUUCACAAUAUCUUAAUCUUUGAUAUUUCUUCCUUCCUAUGUGCCCAAUACAAAACCAUGUACUCCAAUCACAAGUGGACAUCCCACUCUCUCACCCCACUCGGCCUACGCGAACUGCUGCGUCAUUUUCUAUCCCUGUCUCUUCACCUCAAAAUCCCAAAAUCUGCCACUCUUUGAGUGGCACCUUCAAUCGGUCGAUUUACCAGUCGUUAGCAAGAUUCAUCUAUUUAGCAGCCAACUCAGGUUGCUCCUAAUGUCAAUUUUUAUUCUAAAAUACAGAAAAACAUAUUUCAGUUUCACAAAAUUGAGUCCUCCAUCCUGAAUUGAUCAAUCACUCACCGUAUAUCGAAUAUAAAUUCUUUCCUCCCAUUUUUCUUGAUUUGUCAUGGAUUCUGUUCAAGAAGAUCAGCAGCCCAUAGAUAGAUCCAGCAGGAGCAUAAUUUUCGGAAAAUUCGAGAUGGGCAGGCUAUUAGGCCAAGGAACUUUUGCCAAAGUCUACUAUGGCAAGAACCUCAAAACCUCUGAAAGUGUUGCAAUAAAAGUGAUCAACAAAGAUGAGGUGAAAAAAGAAUGCAUGAUGGAGCAAAUAAAGAGAGAAAUAUCUGUUAUGCGAUUAGUUCGACACCCCAACGUUAUUGAACUCAAAGAAGUGAUGGCAACAAAGCAGAAAAUUUUCUUUGUAAUGGAAUACGUAAAGGGUGGUGAGCUUUUCGCAAAAGUCGCGAAAGGAAAGCUGAAAGAAGAUGUUGCAAGAAAGUAUUUCCAGCAACUGAUAAGUGCAGUUGACUUUUGUCACAGCCGUGGGAUUUCACAUAGAGAUUUGAAGCCUGAAAAUCUGCUUCUUGAUGAAAAUGAGAACUUAAAAAUAUCUGAUUUUGGCUUAUCUGCUUUGCCUGAGCAGUUGAGAAAUGAUGGACUUUUGCACACACAGUGCGGGACCCCAGCUUAUGUUGCUCCUGAAGUUCUUAGGAAAAAAGGUUAUGAUGGUGCAAAAGCCGAUAUCUGGUCAUGUGGGGUGAUUUUGUAUGUACUUUUAGCUGGGUUUCUUCCAUUUCAAGAUGAAAAUGUGAUGAAUAUGUACAGAAAAGUUUUCAAGGCAGAAUUUGAGUUUCCUCCAUGGUUUUCAUAUGAAGCCAAGAGAUUGAUUUCAAGACUUUUGGUGGCAGAUCCUGAAAGGAGGAUUUCAAUUCAAGGUAUAAUGAGAUUCCCUUGGUUCUGCAAGGGUUUCACUACGCCUAUUGGCUUUUCAAUUCAAGAACCGGUUGAAGAAAACUUUCUGGAGCAAAAGGAUGAUAAUUCCGAGAGUAAGAAAUCAUCUCCCCCUUUCUAUAAUGCAUUUGAAUUUAUAUCAUCGAUGUCGUCCGGAUUCAACUUGUCAAGCCUAUUCGAGAAUAGGAAAAAAUCGGGUUCUCUUUUCACGUCGAAAUGUUCCGGUUCAGUGAUUAUGAACAAGCUGGAAUCACUUGCCAAGAAGCUGAAUUUUCGAAUUGUCAUGGCCAAGGAUUAUAAGGUGAAGAUGCAAGGAGUUUCAGAGGGGCGAAAAGGGAAAUUGUCUGUCACGGCCGAGGUGUUCGAGGUGGCACCAGAGGUGGCGGUGGUGGAGUUCUCGAAGUCUGCCGGAGACACAUUUGAGUACAAGAAAUUAUAUGAGGAGGAUUUGAGGCCUGCCCUAAAAGAUAUUGUCUGGAGUUGGCAAGGGGAAUGUAACAGCCAAGAGUAAUUAGGCCAGGGGACUAUUUUGUUUAUUCCAGUUUGACUAUUUUGUGUGGAGUUUGGUUUUGUGGUUACAACUUUUUGUAUAUACUGAGACAGUUUUAUUAGGUUCGUACGAUAGCAGCGUUGGUCCGGGUUUGUUGAGGGUCAGUACGCGUUCUUGCAUUGGUCAAGUUUUGUGCAAAACAGUUUUGCUUAAUUCAUUGAGUUCGAAAAAUAGCCCCGUUUGUUUCUUAUUAUUUGUCCAUUAAAAUGAAAAAUAUGAUCGUUAUCUAUCA